GAUGUCACCAGCUAGUUCAACUGGGAGUAUGAGCGACGAAUCGAGAUCUGGCAGUGCUGAUCGUACAAACUCGCCAUCAUCAUCCACUACUAGUCGAAAUAGACCAACUAGACCGAAUUUGGGAAUACUAAUUAAAGGAUUACCAAUUCGAUCUACUGAUACGUCCCUCCGAGAUGGACUUUAUCAUGAAUAUAAAAAAUAUGGAAAAGUAACAUCAGUUAACGUUGAAGGUCAGGGUGAUGGUCGCUAUGCUAUCGUCUCGUUUAAAAAACCUGAGGAAGCUUCGUCAGCUUUAGAAAGCUCUCAAAAAAAGAAAUUUUUUGGCUCAAAAAUACGUGUCACCUCGCAUGAGGGAUUCGAAAUGGAAGAUUCCGAAUUCCGACCACCAGAAGCUGAAUUGGAUGAAUAUCAUCCUAAGGCAACAAGAACUUUAUUUGUUGGCAAUUUAGAAAAGGAUAUAACUAACCCAGUGUUAAGAGAUGUAUUUUCCCAGUUUGGCCAAAUUCUCGAUAUAGAUAUUAAAAAGCAGCAAGGUUCAAAUGCAUAUGCAUUUGUUCAAUAUACGGAUAUUAUAUCAGUCGUAAAGGCUUUGAAGAAAAUGGAUGCAGAAUAUAUAGGAGAGAGCAAGGUUAAAUUAGGUUUCGGUAAAUCUAUGCCAACAACAGUGGUUUGGUUAGAUGGCUUAGAUGAUACUGUUACUGAUUCGCUUUUAAAGCGAACAGUUCUGCGAUAUGGCAGUCUAUCGAAAUUGUUGAUAGAUAGGAGUUGUGGACGAUCGUUAGUUUAUUACGACAGUGUCGAUUGUGCGCAGUACUGUGUGAGCGAUUUGCGCGGGCGGGUUAUAGGCAGCUGUAAACUGCAGAUCGACUUUGCUAGCAGGGAUUGUAUUGGUGACUUUAAAGAUAAGCUACCGCCAAAUCAGAAUGGAUAUGUUUAUGAAGAAGCGACUAAUUUACCGCCACCACCACCUCCUCCUUCAACAACUCGAACACCUUCCUCCCGUCCGUAUGACUGUAAGUAUCAUCCUGCAAACUUUAGUAGAAGUUCGAGGGAAAAUGUCUCAGCAUCAUCUUCCACCUCUGCAUCUUCAGCAACUUCUUCUAGUGGUACUUCUACAAAACGUAACCAUGAACAAGGAUAUAGGUCAAAUUCUGGUUCUAGGACAUUAACUUCAACUAGGCCUAGAACUGGAGAUUCAUUCGAGGAUGAAUUGAGGAGUUAUGACAGAAUGAAGAGAGAACAUUCAUCCCCAAGCCCACCGCCUUCUAAGUCUAAAACUAAUAGUAAUGUACCAUAUAGCCCCGGAAGUAGUUCGGAGCGUUCAGUGGAAGUAGGUGGUGUGUCAGCAGAUUAUCGAAGAACUUCUAGUCAAGAACGAUCCGACACGGAACGCGCUGGUAGUGGAUCCGAAGAUGGAGGAAGGUGGAAACGUGAUUAUACGGAUUCGUUGCACGAAGCCAAACGCAGAAUAUCGACAUCGUCCAUUCCUCAUCCGUCUCCCAAACCGAAUAGCGAUGACGAGGAAGCCAAAGCUAAAAAACCUCGUUUAGAAGAAACUAAUGAUAGUAGCUGUAUAGGAGAGCGACCAGGAAAAUUUUCCGAGCCAAAAAUAGAGGCUAAAAAAUUUGGUAAUCCUCAGGAGCCACGAAUAACUUCUAGAAAAACAGCCAAAGAUGGUGUUUUGACUUUACCUCUACCUAAAUUUUCUUACGAGUUCUACAAAUCGAAGCAAAAGGCGUCUUCAAGGGCGUCUACACCACCUCCACAUGGAGAUGAAACUCGGUGCUCAACUCCUGGUUCGGCACCCGGAUCAGCAACUUCAAUUAAGGAGAGUUUUUCCUCAAAGUUGGAUAAUCGUGUUAGUGACAAAGAUGAUAGUGGUAAUGAAGAUCCAACAACCGACGCAAUUGAUGAGCGUAUAAGAGCUUUGGAUGAAAAGAUGCGAAAAACAGAACAUCAGAGGAAAUAUACACAAUUACCUCCUCCUCCUCCAAGAACAGAAGUUUCCACUCCAACAACCCCAACAGUGGAUUACAGUAAAUUUCGUCUGAAGAAGAAAACCGAGUCGAUAAGCUCUAUUAGUACACCUACUUCAGCAGAGCCAAUUUUGACACCGACAUCAGACAUUUGCUCGUCUGGUUUAUUACGUAGGACUUCAUCAAUAUUUGAUCAAGAUACUGCUAGAUUAUCGAACAUUCAUGAGAAAUAUCAGCCGAAAGAUCCUCCUGUGUUUGAUGAAAAGAAAGGGGGAACAGAAUCGGCAGUAAAAGUUCAUUUAAACUGUGAAGAGCCUCCACGGCAAGCCCCGAGUUGUGGAGGCUCGGUCCUCUCGGGGCCGUCGUCGUUAAUAGAUCGUAAACGGAGAGCUGAGGAUUCAUUAGAGCUAAUGGAUCCUGUGAAGAAAUCGGCGAAAUUGAGUCCUAUAAGAUCGGAUAGUGUUUCGUCGACUUCAUCCGUUCUGCAUACGCCAACGACUCCGACAACUAUGCCGAAAUCUAUUCUGUCGAAGCCUAAAGAUUCUCUUCCUUGCCCUGCAUUACAAUCGCCCUCUUCAGUAUGUCCUGCAACGUCAGCAACUGCAUGCUCUCUCGCUAUGACUUCGACUUCGACCUCGACUUCAGCUAUAGCUUCUUCAAUUUCUACUUCUAUUUCUACUAUUUCUUCUUCUACUUCGACUUUUAUUCCAACUACAAAUGCAUCUCUUUCAUCUUGUUCCUCAGUUAUAUCUUCUACUUCAACAACUACGUUGCAUUCAACUCCUCCUUCAACUCAAUUAUCCGCCCAAGUAUCUACGGUCGCGACUGUUUCUUCAAAUCAUUCAUUGAAGAAGGAAUCCAAAUCGCAGAUCCAUAAAUCUACAAAUUCGAAAGAAAAUAAGCCAAGACACUCGGAGAAUUCUAAACCAAAAUCGAGCCAUCAGCAUUCUUCCAACAAGAGUUCGAAACAUUUAAAGCACCACAGUGACAAACAUAAGACUGGAUCCUCUCAUAGUAAAAAAUCGCGAGAUCAUAGUUCUUCGACAACUGGUAAAACUCCGAGCAAAGCAUCUUCCUCGUCCUCUACUUUAAAAAAUGACAAAAUCGAAAAAGAGAGGGAAAAAGAUAAGGACAAAGAAAAGGACAAAGAAAAGGACAAAGACAAAGAAAAAGACAAAGAAAAGGACAAAGAAAAGGAGAAAGAAAAAGAAAGAGAGAGGGAUAAGGAGAAAGAAAAAGAUAAGGAUAAGGAAAAAGAAAAGGACAAAGAUAAAGAAAAAGAGAAGGAGAAGGAAAGAGAAAAGGAACGGGAGAAAGAUAGAGAUAAAGACAGAGAUCGGGACAGAGAAAGGGAUAAAGAACGAGAAAAAGACAGAGAUAGGGACAAGGAUAAAGAGAAAAGAUCCAAGUCGAAAACUGUUGUUAGUAAUAACAAUAAUAGUACAAAUAAUAACAACAGUAGCCAAAAUCAAAUUGCUAAAAAUAAGGAGAAAACACACUCUAAUAAACCAACUGUUAAUAAUAACUCAAAUUCUUCCCUCCACCAUCAUCACCAUCAUCAUAAGCAGCAACACUCUUCAAGGGAGAAAUCUAAGAGCAACUCGGAAAAUAAGAACAAAUUGUAUAAAGACAAAAUAAGUUCGUCAUCAUCCUCAAAUAAGUUAAAAUCUGAAAAACGAGAUAAGAUGAAGUCCAGCCAUAGAAGCAGUAAACAUUCCUCAAAGUCCAAAUCAUCUUCAAAUGAUCAAGUUUUCAAGGAACACAGAUCGGAUAAAAAGAAGCUGGACAAACAAAAAGGAAAAUUGAGAAAAACGGUGGAAGGACAAUUAGUGGAUAAUUUUGAUUUUAUUGAAUAUACGUCUAUGUACGAUCGUAUUAAACAAAGAGCAUGUCGAGCAGAGCAAGAAAGGAAACAAACUAUUCAGGACUAUCGAAGAAAUGAGAUCUACACAGACGACGCUACUUCUGAUAGUGAUAAAGAACCAUCGAUGAUGAAAAUGAGUAAGCCAAAGAAAAAGCAGAGAAAAAAGCGAUCUUCUGGCGGAACUGGAGGUUUAACCGAUUCAGAAUCAGAUACAGACUUCCCCCCCAACUCCUUAAGGAAGAUGAAUAGGAAAUCUAAUAAAAUAAAGAGUCUAGAAGGGAGUGAAGAAGAGAAUUUUGUGCGACAACCACCAAAAACAAAAGCUGGCAAGAAAGCCAUGCCUGAGUCAUUUUUUAAUGCUGAAGCUGAUCAUAAGGAUAAUGCUAAAUCUCAUUCGUCUCCGGCCGCUAAAAAGAUACAACCCGUUUCUAGCAAAAGGGUAUCAAGAACACGAGUGUCAUCAUCUUCCUCUGACUCCUCGUCUUCAUCGUCUUCCUCCGAGAGUACUAGUUCGUCUAGUUCUUCAAGUGACAGCUCACUUGGCCCCUCAAAAUCGUCAGAUAAAAAACCGCGUGGCCAUGAUAUAUUUACGAGUAGUGAUAGUGAUGGGGAGAUCGCUGCCAGAGAUGUGAAUACACCCUUGAAGAAGUCAUCUCGAAAAGCCUCUCCGUCGAAUUGUCUUAAGCCAUCAAGUCAAAUUCCUUCAGUUCCAGCAAAAACUUCUCACAAGACAAUAAAUAAUAAACUAUUGCCUCUAGAAAAAAUUCGACCAGAAAAUUCAAAUGGUAAUAAUUCGAUUAAGACACCAAAAAUUGAUAUGAAUCUCUUGAAUAAAGUUGUCUCGAAGUUGGAAAAGAAGUCGAAACCUGAAGAUUUGGUUGAAGAUGAAGAAUUAAGGAGACUCAGAAAAGAGGAGGAAGAAAUUGAAAAGUGGAGUCUCACGAUUGAGAGUGACAAACCAAAGAAUACCCCAGAGUCUUUAUUUAAACAGAAAGCACAAGAAGCUGAACAAAAACGUCAAGAAGAAGAAGCUCAAAGAAGAAAGAAAAGACAAGAAGAAGAUAAGUUAAGAGCUGAGGAGAGGAGAAAAAGAGAAGAAGAAGAAGAAGAGGCUAGAAAGGUUCAGGAGGAAAUGGAAAAAAAGCUGAAGGAAAGUCAGGAGAAGAAAGAAAAGGAGUUGGCAGAGAAGAAAGCGAGAGAGGAAGCUGAACGAAAACGUCAAAUAGAAAUUGAAAUGCAAGCAGCUUUGGAUAGUAUAACCCGUACCAAUCCACCCGAACCUGAUCACCUGAGUAGUGAUCGCACCCCAUCUCCUAUAUACAACAGUUUUCCACCUGACGAACCCCUUCCUGAAGAGGGAGGAGUAAAUGACUUGAACCGCACCGAAGCCGAAAUAGCAGUACAGAUUCUAUUGGAUAAGGAAGUUGCAGAGGAAGUAAAACCAGAGGAAGCAGCAUCGCCACCUCCGUCAAUACCACCACCGCCAGCACCAGCACCACAACCACUCGUUAAUUCGAAGGAAAGAGUGCCUGAGAAAAUAUGCGAACCAGAGCAGGAAGCUCCGUCUAUUGAGCCAACAACGACACUGGAUUCUCCUAUUGCUCCUGUUUCAGAAGAAAUUGAGAAUGUUAAAGUAGUUGCAGCAGAAGUUGAAAAUAGUCCGAAAGCCAUUGUUAAAGGCCCUGAGAUACCAAAAGAAGAAAAGAUUGAUAAACCGCCUGAAUGUCCGAUUGAAAAUGUGAAGGAAGAAAAGAAAGUUGUUGAGGAACCAGAUAUUAUUUCACCAACUAUUUCUCAGACGGUGCAACCGAAAUGUAAGGUCGAGGAAGGGAUUACCCCUCCAACUCUGAAAACAGAUUUAAAUCCUCUUUUGCAUAGUCCAACACGACAACCGGAAAACACGUUGCCACCUCUUGGACCAGCGGUUGUUCACUCAUCAACGAGUACUCCUAAUCAAUCUAGUAUAACAAGACCAACAGUCAAUCAAGUACUGCCUCCGCUACCUCCUUUUACAGAAUGCCUGACAGGACAUCCUAUUCAAUCACCGAGUGGUUUGGGAUUACGAAUGGCCAAUCCAUAUGAAAUGCAUUCAUCAAUGGGGGAAGCGCCUGCACUCGUUAGUGCUGGGUUACACAGCUACCAAUCGCCCAUUUCCGCAUCUAGAAAAUACAGUCAUUUGUCAGCCGAAGAACAAAAAGUUCUUCUCAAAAUAUUACCGAUUGAACCAAUGGAGGUGUCUCAGCAAUCCGAGCCGGUAAUAGCCCCUCCAUCGUUGCCAUCAUCACUUCAACCAAUCGAUACGCCAGAAUCUAAGCCACAGGAACCAGAAAAGCUUAUAGACGAAAAGACUAUCAAAAAGGAGCCAGAACCAGAACCACAAGAGAAAGAUAUUGAGCCUGAACCAGAAAUUGAGGAUGACUCGGAAAGUGAACGCUUAGUGAUCGCUGAAUCUAAAAAUGACACUCACAGUAAUUCUAGUAAUUCUCCCGUAUGCAAAAUCCAUGAAGCACCUAAGACACCUAGCAACCGUGGAGGAAAGGUUUCUUCAAGGGGUAGAACCUUAAUACCAAAUCAAAAAGCCAAAGACUAUGAUGAUGUUAUAGGAAAUAAUCGUAAACCUGAGAUAGAGGAAGAAAAGAUAGCAGAAGAUAAAAAGACUAUUCGCGGAAGAGGAAGAGGUACUGGAAGAUUAAGGAGACCAUCAAAAGUGCAGUGUGAAGAACCAUUGACCACGAAAAACCUUCGAAGAUCAACCAGAUCUACAACAAACCAGGAGCUUCCUGAUCGCAGAAUCACUAGGCAAGUUGCUUUGUCUGGUCGAACAUCAGAGUCAGAAGCAAGUGGACGAAGAAGAAAAGUUUCUAAUCAAUUGACUCCAACUACUCCAUUAACUCCUCAAAAGACAAUCAUCAAAGAUGAGAAAGACGCUUUUGCAUUCACCGAAGAUGAUGACGAUUCAGUUAGUGAUUUCCAAAGACCAAUAAGAAAAAGAAAACCUCCCUCAAUUUCAAAAGAAAUUGCUCCGAGUGAAAAGAAACCACCUCUUCCAAUAGAAGAAACAGUUGAUGAGAAACCAAUAAUUACGUCUCAACCUGUUGUAUCAACAUCAACAGCACCAAUAACAACGGCGACAUUGGUAACACCGUCUUCGGGUUCGACGAAAUCACACCAUAUGCCUUUAAAAAUGGCUUGGAAGAAUAAAGAAAUAAUGGAGCAAAUACAAAAUGAAUUUAGACUUAAUGUUGAGGAUCCUAAAUCAAGUAAAAAUAAUGAGGAGAAGGAAAAAAUUGUGGAAAAAGAUUCUGAUGAGCAAACAUCAAACAAACAGGUUAAUGAUGAGCAAAGAGUAAAGUUGGAAGGGGUCUUGCAACAAGCUGGUCACCCACAAAGGGCGGGAGAUAUUAAAACUAGUCCUCCUCCAUUAAAAUCUGUAAGUUUGAAUUGUGAAAAGUAUUCAGAAUUUUAUUCGAAUUAUCUGUUCUCUAAGGUAAUACCGUCUGGGCAACAAAUGAUUGAGAAAGUACCAAAUCCCCAUUUAUCACCUCGACAUCAUACCCCACCAGUUGCCUCUUUACCGGAUAUUCCAUCCGGUUCUAGAGCAGAACCGCCUCAUGCUAAUAGACCAGAUUCGGCUCAUCCACCACCUUCUCACUUUCCACAAUUUCCUCCUCAUACCACAACCUCCACAUCUUCAACGAGCGAACUACGACAAGCUUUAGCUCAGCCCCCUAUAUUACACCCACCGCCGGCUCAUACUCGUCCACAUAGUCCGUUGUCGGAGAGACAUUUAACAUCACUUCAAGGCUAUUCAGAAUUGUUGUACGGACAAGCUCUUUAUCCAGGAGGCGUUAGACAACAAGUUAUUUAUCCUCCGGAAUAUUUAGCAGCUGCUGCAGCACAUCGUGCAUUAUUACCAGCACAAAGUUCACCACAUCGCGCUCAAACGCCUGGCAGUGCAGCCCAAUCGCCUAGAAGCCAAGUGUAUAGGGAUCCAAUCGUCUGGCAAGGCGAGGUUGAACUGAAGAGCGAACGUUCUCUAGUCAAUAUGCUUCUAGUGGGAGGUUCGAAACGCCUAGCGGAAUUAGCUCUACCCCAAGCAGUGUCUGAAGGCUGUUGUCCCAUCCUCCGGGUUGUUCAGAGGAUGAGAUUGGCUAAGGAGCAGCUUGAUGGCGUCACUAGGCGAAUGACUGAUCUCAACAGUUAUGCUCUAUUAAUUGCUACCGCUCAGGGAAUAUCUGUGCCGGAGAAGAAUAGAAAUGAACGGGUUCUCUCUGCUUCUUUCAUUCAAUAUCUUUUGCAAAAGACGGCUGCCGGAAUUGUAAAUGUUCCUGGUCCAGAUCCUCUUUCACCACAUGCUGCAUACGUCGUGCAUAUAUUUCCUCCUUGUGAAUUCGCUAAACUCAUCCUACUCAAGCUUGCGCCUAACUUUGCUCCAUCUAUCAACGAUACGCCGCAUCUGCUCGUCAUCAUCACUACCACCUGA